AUGCCUGAAAUGCACGAUCACGAUGGCAAGCCCGUACACCACCAUAUGGCGCGGGUAAACGGUAUCCGCCUACACUAUAUCACAUCCGGAUCAGGCCCACCUCUACUCCUACUACACGGUACACCUAAAACACAUUACUACUGGUAUCGCAUCGCACCUCUACUAACGAAAAAGUUCACCAUCAUCGCCCCAGAUCUCCGGGGUUUCGGCGCAACAGACAAACCACCCGCUAGCGAAGGUUACGAUGGCCGCACAAACGCAAAAGACAUGGCCGAACUGAUGCACCAACUUGGAUACGAAAAGUUUGCCGUUCAUGGCGAAGACCGCGGCGCAACAUAUGCUUUUUGCCUUGCAGGACUAUAUCCGGAUCGCAUAACCCAUCUUUCCUUUUGCGAGAUGCUACUUUCCUACGCCCUUACUAAGCAAACAUUCUUCACACGCAAGAACAUUGCUGCUCAGUACAAUCAAAAUGGCGUUUGGAACUGGCAUAUCCCCUUCUUUUGGCUGCCGCAUAUACCGGAGAUGCUGAUUCAGGGGAAAGAAGAAGAGUUUUGGACGCACUUCAUGAAGGCGGAGUGCUAUAAUCCUAGUGCGUUAGACCAGGUGGCCAUAAAUGAAUGGGUGAGGUGUUUGAAGGCGCCGGGUGGGUUGAGAGCUGUUUUGGAGAGUUAUCGUGCGCAUUGGGUCAAUGUGGAUGUUGAGGAGGAAAUUUUGAGCAAGGAAAAGUUGAAGUGUGAUGUUAUGACGGUAGGGGCGCCAGAAUUCUUUGGGCCGCUUGUCAAAGAGCAGAUGCAGUCUGCUGUGGAGAAGGUGCAUAUUGCUGAGGUCUUUGAGGAGUGUGGGCAUAGUCUGGCACUUGAACAGCCUGAGAAACUUGCGAAUCUCUUGAAGAAGUUCAUUCUUUGA